AAAUCAAUUCUUUAUCGAUAUAGUGUUUGGGAUGUUUGGAGCGAUGGAGUCUAGUUUCACAGGCGUUUUAUUAGAGCACCUUUUAAAUGUUUUUUUUGGGGGGGUUUGAAGUUUCGAUAAAUUAUAUAUACAUGGCAGUUAAUCCAAAGAAUUGCACGUAAGGUAAUCGAGAUUUAUUUUUUUCCCAUACCAACUGAGAGAGAUUGGACACUUAGGAGAAAAGCACUGCGCAUGCGUGUAGGGUGUUGAAAAUAAGGUUGAUCUCAUGCGGAAAUGAAGUCACUUCACCGGUGUAUAAGAACUGGUAAAAGGACAUCAAAGUAUAGUUGGACGAACAGGAAUUGACUUCAUCGUUAGUAAAUUCAGAAAAUGGACUAUUCCGCAAGUCCAAGAAUUUCCAUCUGCCAUCCAUCCAGUAACGAAACUAACACCAAAGACAAGAAGAAAUUUUCGCAUAUCAGCUAUUCUGUCUUUGUUGCUGAGCAUCCUUUUGUUCUUUUCUUCGCGACUCUUCUCGUUMUCUUCAUCUGUUCUUUGUGUGAUUUUGUGCCAUUGUUCGGAGCUCCAGCCUUUCCUGAUUUCUCCACUCCAGUCAUGGGAUUUGAAGCACGUGGUACGCUCAUCAACAAGCGAUGGAGGACACGCCUAUUUCUUAGUCAUGCUGUCCAACGUGACAUGUUCUCUCCAGUCCCUCCUGUCACGUCUCUCACCAACACCAAAGUCAUGUAUGAUGUAAUGCAAAAUUGUCCAAACUUAAAUUUUACGACAAUUAAGACCAGGAUAAGAAAGAGAGCAGAACCGAAUUGGUCAGGUGAGAAGAAAAACACAAGAAAAACACAAGGAAGUAAUGACUACACGAAGAAUGCCAAGCGUGACGCAAUUAACGCAAGGAUUUCUCGAAUGAAACGUGAUAAACCUUCUGCAUUACGUAUGUGUGACAGUCCUAAUGUGUAUAUGAAGUCACGCAUUAAUUACAAGACCAUCUAUAAAGCAGUAGAUAAUCAGAAUAUGAUGACAACUCAACGAAUAAAAGCGGUUUGUAGGAUGGAAAAUAAGGUGAUGAGAAGCUUGUCUGGAUUUGAAAAGCGUUGUUUUAAGAGAAAUAUUACUAUAUCUAAUGACAUUAAGGAGAUAUGCUGUCCAAGUUGGUCCCUUGGUAACUACAUUGCUGCGCUGAGCUGGAAACCUUCAUGUGAAGACAUUAACGAUAGAGAUGUGACGAAAAUGACAAAAAGACUCCAAAUGUGCUCGGGAUUUUUUCACAAUAAAACGUUAAAAGAGAACUGUUGGGAUUAUAACAACGCCGCACCCUUCCCUUAUUGCGCAGGUAUACCUGUGGAGUGCAUUCGCUACAACGCC